AUGGGCGACUGUACCGAGGUAAAUGUCUCUACGGCGCCCGCCUUCAACCUCACCGCGCUGGACCAGCAGUUGCUGGUCAUGACCGACGAGGAAUACGUUGCACACGACUGGGAAGAACUGCGGGACAUCAUCGACUUUCCCCUCACGUCUUCUCUCUCAGCACGCAACGAUCUCGGCGCGCUCAAGCGGAAACCCUCCGAUCUGCGCCGAUACCUGGCCUGGUCCAGUGACACCAAGGCCAAGUAUGGGUCCAUCAUGAACUACAUCUGCCAGCGGCGUCUGCAAUGGCAGAUGCCCGACACCGUGGGCCCACUCGCACCCUUCAAAAACCCGUGUCCAUUUGCCGAUCCCGAGGACUACCGCAUCCUCCGCAAUGACUGGCCCUACGGUCUCAGUCCCGGCAUUUCACAUCUGGUCGUUUGGCUACGCACUCCGAUCCCCGUCCAGUCCGGCGAGGGUCAUUUAACCGAUGAGUCGCGUGCGCUGGUCGAGAACUUUGUGCAACAGACUUUCGUGGCUCGCUUGGCUCGCGAUGUCCAAGGCCGAUUCCCAGACGCCAAGUCCCAUGUACUGUGGUUUAAGAACUGGGUCGGCCUGCAAAGUGUGCGAGCCUUGGAACAUGUCCAUGUGCUGGUGCGCGAUGUGCCGGAAGACAUCCUGUUGGAGUGGUCGGGCGAGAAGUGA